GCGGAGGUUUACCUCCGGCCAGUGAUGGGGCUGAGCUCCGCUGACCCCUCCAGCCGCCUCUCCACUGAUGGUCUCUGCUGGGUCCUGAGUCUGCUCGCUGAAGAAGGUGAACAGACGAGUGGAGUCUCUUCCCUUGGGUAUUCCUUUAGAAAUGAGUUGCACAAUUGAGAAGGCACUUGCUGAUGCCAAAGCUCUUGUUGAAAGAUUGAGAGAUCAUGAUGAUGCAGCAGAAUCUCUGAUUGAGCAAACCACAGCUCUUAACAAGCGGGUAGAAGCAAUGAAGCAGUAUCAGGAAGAAAUUCAAGAACUUAAUGAAGUUGCAAGGCAUCGGCCACGGUCCACAUUAGUUAUGGGAAUCCAGCAAGAAAACAGACAAAUCAGGGAAUUGCAACAAGAGAACAAAGAAUUGCGUACAUCUCUGGAAGAACAUCAGUCUGCCUUGGAACUUAUAAUGAGCAAGUAUCGAGAGCAAAUGUUUAGACUGCUAAUGGCUAGCAAAAAAGAUGAUCCAGGUAUAAUAACGAAGUUAAAAGAGCAGCACUCCAAGAUUGACAUGGUACAUCGUAACAGCUCCGAAGGAUUCUUCCUUGAUGCAUCUCGACACAUCUUUGAAGCAUCUCAACAUGGACUGGAGAGGAGGCACUUGGAAGCAAAUCAGAAUGAAUUACAAGCACAUGUUGAUCAGAUAACAGAAAUGGCAGCAGUAAUGAGGAAAGCCAUUGAAAUUGAUGAGCAACAGGGUUGCAAGGAACAGGAACGAAUAUUUCAACUUGAACAAGAAAACAAAGGUUUGAGAGAGAUCCUGCAAAUAACUCGAGAAUCAUUUCUGAACCUUAGGAAAGAUGAUGUGUCUGAAAGUUCAUCUUUGUCAGCAUUAGUGACCAAUAGUGACCUGAGUCUGAGGAAGAGCUGAAGAGCCUGUAAGUCUGUGAGCUUCUUGCAAGGCUCCAAAUGGUCACUGGGACUGGCCUACUGACAUGAAUGAAUUAACAGAAAAAUCCAUCUCAAGCAACCCUUUAUUUUUUUUCUAUAGUAUGUACAGUGCACUGGCAAUGACAUUCUUAUGCUGGCAAAAAUGCAGAAUUAAUGGUUGUAUAUUUUAUUCCAAAAUAUAAUUUAAAAAUAGAAACUUUGUUAAUUGGGGAACAAACUAAAGAUUUUUUGAGUGACUGCUGAACCUAAUAGCAGUACUGUUGAUAUUCUGGCUGAUACUUGGAUAAACAUGAAUAUUCCCAAUAAAUGUUUGGGAAUUCAUAACAUUAUCCAAAUUUUAAAAUACACAUCUUGGCACAGUUUUGUGAAUGGAAGACUGUCAUAUUAAAUGUUAUUUCUCCUCCUUGUUUGGUGUCAGAGUUAACAAAUAGCUUAUGUACUGUGAGAUUUCAGCUUUAAUGGUUGCCUGUCUACCUUCUCAUUACUGUAAAUUUUGGUCAAAGAAAAUUCAGUUUGCAAGACUGUAGGAAUGUUUCAAAUGCACCAUAAACAAAAGUUAAUUUAAUUUUAGCUGAUUUGCCAUAAUUAAAAUACUCCACUAACAAUUAUCCAUAAGUUUAAGUAUAUGAAAUAUCAUUUCAGGAAUGAAAGAGAAAGAAUAUUACUUUCUAAGAAAGAUCUUAUAAGAGACAUAUUAGUAGGUUAAACUACUCCUUUGAGAGAUUUAAGUUUUGGUUCUAAAUAAUGAAGAUUGGAUUUUUCUCUUCUCUGGUUGAUCUUUAAGGAUAUUAGGUAGUUCUUUUAGCUAAGAGAGUUGCAAUGUUUGAUAUAGCAAGCUAGGUAUGGUAAUGUCAAAGUAAAUUGGGAAUUCCUCUGCCUCAUUGAACCCUUUUUUAAAAGUAUUCUUAAGAAAUACAGAAAGUAAAUUAAAAUUUCAAAAUAAAAUUUGUUUUCUGGUCCUCAUAACCUGUAAGAUUUUUCUUAUACUCUAUCAGUCAAAGGGUGGGGGUGGGGAUGAGAGGAAAUCUGUAGAUUUAUAAAUAUUUGGUUUUUGUUUUUUGUGGGGUUUGUUUUUUUUUUUUUUACAAAAUCUAUAUCCAGUAUGUAAAUUUUUAAAAGCCACUAGAAAAAGAAAUGUACUUUAACAUCAAUUGAAAUCUAAAUUUUUCUUAUUUUAUGAUUAUAGAAGGAUAAAAAUAUCAAAUAUGAUUAAAUAUACUAAUUUAUAUUAAAAUUAGCACAAUAGAAAAUUCUACUUUUGGGUAUGUAAUUUGUUAAAGAAAUAUUCACAUGGUAGCUUUUGUGUAUAAUUUCAUAUAUUGGUAAAAUUCAAAGCUACUUUUCACUUUGGAAUUUUUGUACAUUAAGUUUGGAGUAAGUGGGGCUGAUGUGGCUGAUUGAAAAGGGCUAAUGGCCCAAACACCGAAUAGAUUCUUUUUUCAGAGGCCUUAAUUGAUAUUUUAUAAAUGACAGUUUUUAUUUUUAACCUUUUCUAUUGGUUUGAGGUAAAGAAUCUGUUAAUUUGGUGGCACAUUCAUUCAUACAGUUUUUAUCCCAAGUCAGAAUUUAAAAAAAUACACAGUUGAGAUGAAGUCUGAGGCAAUUCAUUGAGGCAGCUCUAUUAUAAAAUGUUUCUUGAUAACUAUUUUUUUAUAAACAAGUUAAUUUAUUCUUGGUCUUCUUACUUGGAUAUAAUUUUAAGAUCUUGGCGUUUAAAGACAUUUACUUUGUUACAUAGCAACAGUUUUCCAUCCAUAUAUUUUUUGUUUUUAAGCAGAACCUUAAAUUUAUGUCUGAGAGUGUAUACUGCAUAGGAGCCUAUUUUAUCAAUAAAGGUGAGUGGUUGAAAUUGA